UGCAAGAGCCACCCACAAAACAUCACAUGUUCAUAUUAAAUUAUGAAGAUGGAGUCAAAGUUGCUUGCUGUGCUGCUCUUGAUUGUAGCUGUGCUCUUAGCCACAGCAGAAGACUAUCACCCAGAGAGAACCCUGCUGAUGGACUACUACCCUCGAGACGCACCUCACAACUUCCUGUUCCGUGGGAACAUGCCUGCUGUGAAGGGAGAGUUUGCACACGACCAGAUCCUCACCUCCAUGAAGACCAUUAUCACCCAGAAAAACUUCUCCUUCCCUGCAAACUUCUCACUGAUUGACAUCAGUUAUCUGAACAUAUUUGAGGAAGCUGACUUGAAGGUGGAGGAGCAGUUCUUUUCCUCCAACCCUUCUCUGGGGGUCCUCCAUAAGAAGCCCAUUGUAGGCUCUCUCAUUCCUCCCCCAGAGAAUGAAACAGCAGCCAUCAAGGACACUAUAAAGCUGUACGAGAUGGGGUCCAUUGAUAAAUUGCCUGAGCUGAUGUCGUUCUUCAGACAGCUAUUGACUGGACCGGGACCAGUGCUCAUCUACUCCCAUUGUGAGGCGGGUACUGAUCGCACAGGAGAGGUCAGUGGAUCCUACUACCUCAAGUUCCUCAACAUGACUCUCCCUCAAGCUCUCGCCAUUGACAAUCACAUCCAGAACAGAGACAUGUAUAAAGUCUCACGGAAUGCUCUCCAGUGGUACUGCUUCUAUCUCAAGUUUAUUGAACAAAAUACACUUCUCAAGUGUAUUAUUUAACUUUAAAUUAAAGUAAAGAGUUGAGUAAUUGAGUUUUACAAGCUGCUUUUAUCCCCACUUUCUUAGAUUUUUAUAACAUGCAUUAUUUAACAUCAGAAGUUUAUAAACUCUUGGUAA